AUGGUUCGAAUACGGCGGUUGGCUCAGGUAUCCCUCCUACUCUUCCACCAGACGGUAGCAGGAACACCAUCCUUGACAUCGGAAGAACAAGCCUCGAUAUUCUCCAAGACCGAUGACUAUCCGCUCCCCAACCAAGGCCAUGUGGUCGCACACGACCCCAACAUCAUCGAGUACCACGACCACUUCUACCUCUUCAAGGGCGGCGUCCACAUCCCCGUCCUGAGAUCCCCCAGCCUCGACGGGCCGUGGACCAACAUCGGCACCGUCCUCGACGGACCCAGCGUGGUCGAGAAGCAGAACCGCACGCGGCCCUGGGCGCCGACGACCAUCUUUCACAACGCCACCUUCUACUGCUACUACGCCAUCAGCUCGCCUGGCUCGCGCAACAGCGCCAUCGCCGUCGCCACGACCGACGCGCUCGACGGCGGCAACUGGACCGACCACGGCGCGCUGGUCAACACGGACAAGGGCCAUUCCGCGCACCUCUACCCGUACAACGAAUCCAACGCCAUCGAUGCAUCGUUCAUCGUCGACAACCGAACCGGUCAGCCGUAUCUGAACUACGGCAGCUACUGGCAUGGGAUCUUCCAGGUGCCGCUGGCGGAUGAUCUCUUGUCGGUGAAGGAUGCGGAGAAACCGCAGGCAAGCAACCUGGUGUAUGUGCCGGACGAGACGGUCAAGCCCGUCGAGGGGUCGUGGAUGAGCUUCAAGGAUCCGUACUAUUACCUCUGGUUUAGCCAUGGGCGAUGCUGUGGAUUUGGGGAUGGACAGGAGGCGAAGGAUUUUCCCAAGAAGGGACAGGAAUAUGACAUCCGGGUGGGGAGGUCCACGAGUGUGACGGGGCCGUUCCAGGAUAAAGAUGGAAAGCUGCUUACCAACGGCGGCGGGACGAUUGUAUAUGCCUCGAACCAUGGUGUCGUCUAUGCCCCCGGUGGGCUCGGCGUGCUGCCUGAGAAUGAGAAGCAUCCUGAUAUCUUGUAUUAUCAUUACUUAAAUACGUCAGCGGGGGUUUCAGACGGUGAUGCACAUCUGGGCUGGAAUUAUCUGAAAUACAAGGAUGGCUGGCCAUCAGCACAAGGGGGGAAGAACAGUGGGAUGGCGCUUCGGCCCAACGCCAUCCUCCGCAUAUCUGUGCUGAUCAGUACGCUUUUCCCUGCUAGCAUCGAUCUGAACAUCGCUAAUUCUCGACAGUGA